AUGAUAAUUGAAUUAAUGAGCGGUACCUCUGUCCAUUAUAUAAUUCAACUUUUGAUCUCUUUCCUGACAGUUUCUUCAUUGGCCAUCAAUUGUGGAGGUCCGAAGUUGAUUGACUCUUCAACAAGAGUCACUUUUGAGAGUGAUAAUGAAACACUAAGUGCUGCAUCAUUCUAUAUGAGUUCUGAAGAGAGCUGGGGAGUUGGUUCAGUGGGAUUUUUUGUAAAUGAUUCAGGUUUAAGUAUUGAAAGAAGUGAUCAAUAUAAAUACACAGCAAAUGCCAAUCAAAACCCAUCGAUAUAUCAAACAGCACGUCUUUCUCCCAUUUCCCUGAGAUACUAUGGACUUGGUCUUGAGAAUGGUAUAUACAGUGUAGAACUCCACUUUGAAGAAAUCCAGAUUCCAAGUGGACAAGUCUGGCGAAGCCUUGGAUUGCGCUUCUUUGAUGCCUUUGUACAGGGAAUUCGAAAGUUACAAGAUUUCAAUAUCAAGCAGGCCGCUGGAGAUUCAAACGUGCCAAUUACAAAGAUCUAUAAUGUCAGCGUGACUGAAAAUAUCCUUGAUGUGCAUCUUUUUUGGGCUGGGAAGGGAACUUUUGGCAUACCCUCUGAGGAGACGCGUGGACCUUUAGUGUCAGCAAUUAGGGUUAUUCCUGAAUUCAAGGCAACUAUUGGCAUUGAAAGUUCCAGUAACAACAGCCGAACAAGAACCACUGGAAUUAUUAUUGGAGUUCUUGUUGGGGUUGGCGUUCUACUAUGCUUAUUCUUAGUGCUUGUAAGAAAAAAUAGAAAGAAAAGAAAAUUUUCUUCAGGCUAUGACAGCGAAGAUUUCAAGAAUAUGGAUGGAAAAGCUCAUCUUUUUAGUUUAUCAGAAAUGAAAAUAGCUACAAAAGAUUUUGAUAUCGAAAAUAAAAUAGGAGAGGGUGGGUUUGGGGCAGUUUACAAGGGUGUGCUACAAGAUGGAAAUCUUGUGGCAGUAAAGAAGCUGACCUCCACGUCUGGUCAAGGAAAACGGGAAUUUCUAAAUGAGGUGGCCACAAUAUCUGCUGUGCAACACCGGAAUCUCGUCAAACUCUAUGGGUGUUGUAGUGAAGAGGAAGAGCGACUCUUGGUCUUCGAAUAUAUGCCUAACAACAGUCUAGGGCAAGCAUUAUUUGGGUCUGAUCUACCUAAGCUAAGCCUUGAUUGGCCCAUACGGUUUAACAUUUGCCUUGGAGUUGCACGUGGGUUGGCAUAUCUUCAUGAAGAAUCGAGGAUUAGAAUCAUACAUCGAGACAUCAAACCAAAUAACAUCCUUCUAGAUGAAUAUUUAAAUCCAAAAAUAGCUGAUUUUGGAUUGGCGAGGCUCUAUGAUGCUGCGAAAACUCACAUCAGUACUAGAGUGGCGGGAACAAUCGGAUAUCUAGCUCCAGAGUAUGCUUUGCGUGGACAUCUCACUGAGAAGGUUGAUGUUUUUAGCUUUGGAGUAGUUGCUCUAGAAGUUGUUAGCAACAGAAGUCAUGAAGACAGGAACAUGCCAGAUGAGACGGUCUUUCUUCUCGAUUCGGCCUGGCAGUUGUAUGAGGAGGGCAGACUUCUGGAUUUGGUUGAUACCAGUGUUCUUUCCAGUUUCUCUGAAGAAGAUUUUGCAACUCCCACGCAACGACCUUCCAUGUCACAGGUUGUUGCCAUGCUAGGAGGUGCCAUGGAAAUUAAUCCACCGCAAUGCCGUCCUGGAUAUAUGAGGGACUGGCAGCUUACAAGUCAGAAUGCCACGAAUUCAACCACAGGAGAUGGUAAAUCAUGGACAUGGGGCAUGAGCCUGACAGUAGAGGGUAGAUCAGACAAGUUGUAACAUAAAUAAAGUGAAGAACCCUGUCUUCAUCUCUGGAAUUGACUUUGGAAUUAGCUUUCUAAAGUUUAGAAGUUUGAUCUGUUGUUACUUGGUAAUUAUAUUACAGCUAGUCCAGGUAGCCCAUGAACCUGGUCCAUGUCAUGGUGUGAUAACAUUAUCUUAGAGAUGACUGCCAGUUACAUGGGAGAUAAGUAAUGUACACAAGGUAUGAGCAAAUUGAUGAUGCCUAUAAAUUAUAACAAAAUAAUGACUCCUAUAAAUGAUGACACAUAUAAACAUAUAUAUGUACUUACUGUUUGGUCAAUUUGGAGCUGUCAUGCAUAGAUUGCAGCAAGAUGGGAAAGGACGGAUCUAUAUGAAAAGAGCCAACUAGAGCGAGGUCCAAGAAGAUAAAACAAAGAUCUUUUUAUUUGUAUGCAAUAAUAUAUGUUUUUGUUAUAAUAAAAU